AUGAUGCAGUUUGAGGUGUUAUUAGCUUCCAUAAACACUUGGAAGACUGAAAACCCAGCAUCUUUGAGUGCUACCAAUGUAGAAGCAAGCCAUGAUAGUUCUAAACUCAAGCUGCCUUGGCGUUCUAAACCAAAGCCUUGGGUACCUCUAUCAGUUGAGGGGUCCAAGUUGGAGAAAUAUCAGAAGGAAAAAUCUAAGCAAGACAAAAGGGAGCAAGAAGAGACUUUCAGAUUGGAAAAAAAUUCUCAGAAGGCACACAACACUGAACUAGAGAAAAAUUGUAAGGGAAAAGCUAAACAAGAGAGAAAGGAGCGUGAAGAAAAUCUCAGAAUCAAAAAAGCAGCUCAAAAGGCACAUAUUGCCCAAGCAGAGAAAGCUCACAAGGAAUUGGCUAAGCAGGAUAAAAAGGUGCAGGAAGAACAACUUAGAAUGGCAAAAGCGGCUCAAAAGGCCUGUGGUAAACUCAAAAAGGAAGAAGAUUGUGCUUGCAAAGUCUCAAAAAAGUGUGACUCAGAUGGAACCAACAACUCAAAGGCCAAAAAAAUUAAAAACCAAGCAGUGGUCAGUUUGAGUUGA